AUGGCACCACGCACACAAACCGCAAUUAUCCAGACUGAGAAAUCAAUCUCGACAAGGAUUCCUCUUACUAUUAAUCGCUCUGCACCUAUUCCUGAGGUAAAGUCAGACCACCAUGUGCUUGUCCGGGUGCUUGCGGUGGCAUUGAACCCGAACGACCACAAGAUGGUCACCCACUUCAACACGCCAAACAGUAUAGCAGGAUGCGAUUUCUGUGGUAUCAUCGUCAGCCCUGCUUCAUCCUCGUCUUCAACUGCAGACAGCCUCCCCGAGGGCACAAGAGUCUGCGGUGCGCUGUUUCCGUACAGCCCAGCAGACGCCGACAACGGAUCCUUCUCGCAAUUCUGCGUGGUCGACUCUCGUCUGCUGGUCAAAGUCCCUGAUAGCUGGAGUGAUCUCGAAGCUGCAUCGCUUGGAGUUGGGUGGUCCACCAUCUCGCUUGCAUUUUCCGAUCCCAAUGCGCUGAACCUGGAAGGGCUGCCCACCAAGCCUUCUCACCAGGCGAAGGAGCCCGUGCUUGUUUACGGCGGUGCAACUGCAUCCGGCACCUUGGCCUGUCAAUUGCUGAGUCUGAUGGGAUACACACCGAUCGCCAUUGCAUCCAGCAAGUCCGCCGAACUGGCAAUCAAAUACGGCGCGAGCGCGACAGCUUCGUACGCAUCCAAGGACUGCGUCGAAACCGUCAAGUCACUCGCUGGUAAACCUAUCCGUCGCAUGCUAGACUGCAUCACGGACGCCGAAUCAGCUGCCAUAUGCUACAAUGCAAUGGCUCGCACCGGGGGCACUUAUGCGUGUCUCGAGGAAUGCCCCGUGGCCUGGCGCACUCGCAAGAUCGUCAAGGUAAAGGAGGUAAUGGGAUUUCAGGUCCUUGGAGUGGAUAUCAACCUGGGCGACUCCACAUACACAAGAGCAGGAGACGAGAAGCUCAUGGCAAUCGGGAUAAAGUGGGCGGGCGAGAUACAGGCCUUGAUGGAGUCGGGGCAGCUCAAGGCACACCCACUAAGAGAGCUUCCAGGCGGUUGGGAAGCUUUAAUUGAGGGUCUGGAAAUGCUACGCAAGGGAGAGGUGCGAGGACAAAAGCUUGUUGUGCGAAUUCCACAGGACUAG